GGAGAAUAUAAAUUGACCCUUAAUUUAUAUAAAGCAAAGUAUUCACGCUGUCAAAUCCAGUCCCUAGUUAGUAAGUGUCCGGUUUGGUAUCUGUACAAGUUAGUGUACAUACAUUAUCUUUAUUUUUCGUCCACAAUUCUCUGAAAAUUAGUAAUGAAGAUCAAAGAUCUGUUUGCGUACGGUGUGAACGAGUUUGGGAGGAUUGUCAUUGAAGAAUUUGGAAGAAAUCAUGAAACGGCCGAGUUGCAUGUAUCGAAUGAGAUACGCGAUAAAUGCCGCGAGCUGAUACUCGACAAUGACAAACUCAAGAAGCUUAUGGAAGUAUUUCUCGAUAAUGUGGAAAGAGGACUCAAGAAAGAAACGCACCCUACGGCCACAGUGAAAUGUUUCCCGACCUAUGUACAAGAUCUUCCUAAUGGCACUGAAAAUGGCAAAUUUCUCGCUCUCGACCUUGGAGGAACAAAUUUCCGAGUACUUCUGAUAGAACUCAGUGGAGAACAUUUUGAAAUGAAAUCAAAAAUCUUUGCCAUUCCUCAACAUAUAAUGUUGGGGUCCGGGGAGCAGCUGUUUGACCAUAUCGCGGAGUGCUUAGCCAUUUUCGUGAAAGAGGAACAGGUUCACGAUCAGAGACUUCCAUUGGGUUUCACAUUCAGUUUUCCAUUAUCACAACAAGGACUCACAGUUGGAGUGUUGGAAAGGUGGACGAAAGGCUUCAACUGCUCCAAUGUUGUAGGAAACGAUGUUGUACAAAUGUUAAAUGAAGCAAUUGAUAGGAGAGGGGAUUGCCAAAUCUCAGUGAUGGCAAUUAUGAAUGAUUCUACUGGUACACUGAUGUCAUGUGCCUGGUUGAACCAUGAUUGUAGAAUCGGAUUGAUCGUUGGUACCGGAAGCAAUGCGUGUUACGUUGAACAACAAAAGAACGCAGAAGUAUGGAAUGACGUUGAUAUGGGAUCAGGAAAAGUUUUGAUCAACUUGGAAUGGGGAGCUUUUGGUGAUGAUGGUGCUUUAGAUUUUGUUAGGACUCAGUAUGAUGAGAACAUCGAUAAACAUUCAGUAAAUCCAGGCAAACAAAAACAUGAAAAGAUGAUCUCUGGAAUGUACAUGGGAGAGCUGGUAAGACUGGCACUGCAGAGGUUUACGAAAGAAAAUCUGCUCUUUGGCGGGAAAGGCUCUGAUAUGCUAUUUGAGAGGGGUAGAUUUUACACGAAAUAUGUAUCAGAAAUUGAGAGUGACCCUCCAGGUGUUUUCAACAACCUUAUCGACGUUUGUGAAGAAUUAGGCCUGAAGCAUGCUUCUGAACAAGACUACGUGAACAUUAGAUACAUCUGCGAGUGCAUCUCAAGGCGGUCAGCGCAUUUGGUGGCCGCAGGACUAGCCACACUUCUGAACAAGAUGGGCGAGAAAAGCGUCACGGUAGGAGUGGACGGAUCCGUUUACAGGUAUCACCCGCACUUCCACAACCUCAUGAUGGAGAAAAUCCGAGAGCUGGUCGAUCCCAGCAUUCAGUUCAAUCUUAUGCUGUCGGAAGACGGCAGUGGUAGAGGCGCGGCUUUAGUGGCAGCUGUCGCUUCGCGGUUGCAAAAAGAACGCAGAUGCGCCCGAACGACAUAACAACUGGCAAGAGACUUUAACAGGAAGCUGGCAACACUGCGCGGAUAUCUGCGCCAGCUGAAAUCCUACAGUGCAACCGAUAGUUGAAUCCUUAUUUCGCAACGCGGGACGCUGUACUGAUGCUAAAGGACAAUGACUUAAUGUUGAACUGGAGACGGUUUUCGUAUAUAAGACAGUAAUAUACGACAAUCAUAAGGAUCGGCAAUAUUGAGUUACUUUUGAAGAUUACAUGACACUGUUACUAUUAUCGAUUGGUCAACGUUGCCAUUUUCACCAUAUAUGUAGUUGUAUACUACUUUAUUAUAUAUUUUCAAGUGAUUACUUAUUUCCUAAUAAUCAAGAACUACAAUUGAAUUUUUUAUGGAAAUCAUCAAUAUCCGGAGGAUGAGAACAGCGUUCCUUUCAUAAAUGUAGUGAAUGGUAUGAGUGAAAUAGUAAACCAUGUGGAAGAGAAAGUGUCUGAUUUGGAACGUUUUUUGCAAAGGCAGUAUAAGGGACUAUAUGCUAAAUAAUUAGCGGACAAUACAUGUAUUUCGCACAAGUCUUUCGAAUUUGAUAAAGUUUUGCACGAUUAUCGACCUUUUGUUCUACUAAGAAUGAGGAAGUAGGCUAAAGGUGUUGACAGAAAAGGCGAUAUAUAUCUUGAAAUGCAAUGUUUCCUGUGUUGCUAAGUACUUUUAGUGGAUCAUACUAUCAGAUAGAUAAAUGUCUAGUUUCAAAAAUUACUGCUACAUCAACCAACAUAUGUGCUAAAUUUUAUCAACCUGAUUUUCGUUUACAUCAGAAUCAAAAUAGUUUUUACGGAAUUGUAAUUUUUCAAUAGUUUGAAUUAAGUUGUGUUUACUCAUGAAUUUUUUUUGUUGAUAUCUGAAAAAUGUUCCAAAUCUCAAUGUAGAUUUUAUGUUUCUGAUAGACUGCAUUUUUUUUAGCGUUCGUGUGGGAUAAAAAGAACGAAUAACAGUAAUGUCACUUUCAGAUUGUGCCUAAGUUAUUUUUAGGUGCAAUACUUCAGAAACUAUUUUUCUAAAUAUGAUGAUAGUACUUUUGUAUUUUUGAUUGUACUUUGGACUAUUAGAUAUUGUUUCGAGUGUAGUACAUAUCCAUUAGUCAAACUAAUUUGAUGUAUGUGCUUCAUACUUUAGUUCAAGGUAUAAACUUUAGUUCAUUGUUCAAACUGUUUCAGUGAGUUGUUACGCGAUUUUAGUUGUCAUUUCGGCUGUUAGUUCAAAACUGUUUCCAGAAUGGCUUAAAAAAACUAAUAAAACAUUUAGGAAAUGAUUAUAGUUCAAAAUUGCUGAAGCAACAGAAUUGACCAAUAUGAAUAUUGACUAAUUUAUUUUUUUCUAGGAUGUGAAUGUUUGCUCCCAUCCACAGAAUAUAAACAAUUACUGAAACAAUUUUGUACUUUCCCAGUUUGUUUAUUAGGAUUAGACUUCUGCAUAUGCCACCCAACGAAUUAUUAUGAACUAGCUGUGCAUAAGAUGAUUCUCAGCUGUUUACAUAUGUGAUUUUGAAAUUACUUAUAUAUUAUUUUUUGUUUGUAUAUAGAAAAAAAAACGAUUUAUAUUUUAAGAUACUUAAUGCAUUGUUUUUUAUGGAAGCAAUGAUUCAUAUAAUUGUGAAAAUAUUUUAUGAAUGUCAUUAAUAUACAAUAUACGUAAA